AAAAUUAGUUGUGGUAUCAAACUCACAGCUGUUGGGCUUCAUGAACAGAACAUACUGUCUCUUGAACAAAUACUUGCCUGUGUUGGCUUCUCAGAGAGCACAUUUUGGCAGUUGAUCAAACUUUGGUGUGAACCAGGAGAUGUUAUUGGACACAACUAUGGUCCUCCUGGUCAUCCCCAAGUACUCACCUUCAAUGAUGUGAACUAUCUACUUCAACUUGUAAACCACUGUCCUAACUUGUUUCUCAUUGAGCUGCAACCAUCUGCCAAGAGUUUUCACACACAGGAAUUUCUCACAAAAAGCUGA